UAUAAAUGUAAAAGUAAAAAGAACACAUACAUGAACCCACAUUCUCCUAAAGAGUGAUCGUGAAUUUUUCAGGCGGAAUGGCCAAACACUUCUCGCAAUACGCUAUUCUCGUUCUCCUCCUCCUCACAACAUCAAGUUCUCUUAUGAUCAUGGUGGCAAGUAGUGAAGUGUGCAACAAGGAUGGUGGUGGUGUUGGGAAUAAUUGCUCAUCAUUGCAGCAGGAAAGAUGUCGAGAAAAGUUGCGUAAGGGAGGAGGAGGGUGUGAUGAACAAUGGUGUACCAAUGCUUGUGCUCUUAAGCACCUUGGCCAGAGUGCUGAAGGAAAAUGCUUUGGCUACUAUAGGAAUCCAAGUGCUGGUUUCUGCAGUUGCACCUUCAACUGUUAGUGAUGCUGGUGGGUUGAUCAAAAUAAAGCUUACAUGAACUACAACCUAAUGUAUGAGUUUGAUCACUUUUAAACCUAGACAAUAAAUUAAAGUUUAAUAUUUUCAAUAUAAAUAAAUUCUAUCCAACUCUCUCUAAAAUAAAGGAUAAAUUAUCCCUAUAUAUAGUGGUUCAUUAUAUUCUUUUUUAUCCAUGUUAGGUGAUUAUGAUCAAAAUUAUUCUAGAAAUUAAGUGAUAAUAAUGUUAGUAAAUAUAAGAUUGUGUUUUGUUUCACAUCA